GGCGCCGGCGACGAGAGUGGUGGUGGCGGUGGCGGUGGUGACGGUGACGAGCUGCUUUCCACGUUCGAAUCGAUAAUUCGAGCGCGAUCGUGGGCAGCGUGACGGAUAAGAGAGAGGCUCCCCCGAAUAAAGAGGAACCUUGGAAGAGUGACGCGGGUCAACCCUCUCCUCGCUGGUCUUCGCUCGCGUCUCCUCUUUCCGCGGAUCACCCGACCGAGCGAUAAGGGAGAGAGAGAGCUCACGGCACGAGAGGAGGAAAGCGGGCGCUCGCUCGUCGCCACCCUCGUUUAUUAUCGGCGACGUGCUGUCUAUAUCCAGCGGCACACCGGCGUAUACUCUCGGGUCUUCCGGCUGGUGGAGCGGUGCUAGCAAAACGUACGGCGAACGACGACGAUGCACGGCGAAAAAGGGUUGCAGACAAUGAGAUGCAGACCGCGUAAUCUGCAGGCGCGUCGCAGAAGGUGGCCUUUGCGACUGGGUCUCUUCCUGAUCUACGUCCUCGUGCAAUAUGUCUCCUCCACGAAAGUUCCUCCCACAUCGUCCGAGGUGACGAUGACGGUGCUGUCUUCGAGCUCCACGCAAUCCGAGGCGGAUAUAACGUCGGCAUCUAUGAUACCUUCGAUUGCCGCUGAGGAGGAAAAGCAGACGGUAGAGGAACCAUUGACGGUUUCGUCGGUUGCCGGGGAGAGAAAGAAAACGGGCCACGCGGAGAGAUCGAAAACUGAGACGAAAGGACAUUCGACAACCGAGAAAACAGGAAAUAUGCAAAAUCAGGCUAAGGAAAUCAAAGUCAAGGGGGAAAUCGAAGCACCUCAAAGGCACGAUCGAAACAGCACCACCACAAUGAGUACUGUCAGUUCGACCACUCAAAUGACUACAACGAGAUACCCAUACCCCACCGUGAGACCGCGAAGAACCAAUUGUUCGGCGCCCGCUAUAGAGCAAUUUCCACGGCCGUUUAUGGGCCCCCAAACUAGGAAACACGGCGGGCUCAUACUUCACAUCCUCGUUGCUAUCUACACGUUCCUAGGCCUCGCGAUCGUCUGCGAUGAUUACUUCGUCUCGAGCCUGGAUAGAAUCUGCGAAGAAUUAAGAUUAUCGCCCGAUGUCGCCGGUGCCACCUUCAUGGCAGCCGGUUCUUCCGCGCCCGAACUGGCCACAGUCAUCAUCGGCGUGUUCUUCGCCAAGGACGAUAUCGGAGUCAGCGGCGUUAUCGGCAGCGCUGUUUUCAAUAUAAUGUUCGUUAUAUCGAUCUGCGGGUUAUGCUCCGCGACGGCCUCCAAGUUGAACUGGUGGCCUCUCUGUCGAGAUUGUUUUUUCUACGCCAUCUCGAUCCUCGUAAUGCUCGGUACCAUUUACAACGAGUCCAUAUCCUGGAUGGAAUCUCUUUUCAUGUUAAUUAUGUACGCGGUCUAUUGUGUGGCGCUCUCGUUCAACGUUAAACUGGAACGUUGGGCGAAAUCGUACAACAUUCCGUUCCUGCCAAAAGAUGACGAACCUGCUGAGGAGAGUGCCCUGGUAAGCUACAGAUCCUUACAGGAGGAUCGAUUAUCCUACACCGGUCCUAAUUCGCCAAUUACCGAGCAGAUGAAAAAUCAAGAAGGAAACGGGAUUCAAGAAACAACUGAGCAACAGCAACAGCAGCAGCAGCAGCAACAGCAACAGCCAGUGGCAUCGAGACAACCUGAAUAUUACAAAGCGAAAGAGCCCGAUCCCAACGAGGUGUCGCCCCUCGUGAUGCCGACAGACGGUAGCAAAUGGACUUUAUUCACCUGGGGCCUCGUGUACCCCAUUCACUUUUUGUGUCGGGCGACGAUGCCGGAUUGCCGGCAAGAAAAGUGGCGAAGCUGGUACCCCUUCACGUUCUGCAUAUCGAUGAUAUGGAUCAGUUUCUACAGCUACAUAAUGGUGUGGAUGAUUACGAUCAUAGGUAAUACUCUGGGCAUUCCCGACACCGUGAUGGGGUUGACUUUCGUCGCCGCUGGUGUGAGCGUGCCGGAUGCUCUUUCCUCGCUGGCAGUCAUCAAAGAGGGUCUCGGUGACAUGGCGGUUAGUAACGCUGUAGGCAGCAAUGUCUUCGAUAUUCUGGUAUGCCUCGGUCUUCCGUGGUUCAUACAGACUGCUAUGAUACAGCCCGGCUCGCAUGUAAAUGUCACCAGCAGAGGUUUGACGUAUUCCACCGUUUCUUUGCUAUCAACAGUGUUAUUUCUGGUUCUGGCGACACACUUCAACGGCUGGAAGCUAGAUCGACGAUACGGUAUGGUUCUGAUGGUCUGGUACUUGAUAUUCAUCGUGUUCGCGUCGCUCUAUGAACUCAACGUCUUUGGCAAGAUGAAUCCGCCAGUAUGCCCCAGCGAGUUCUAAUGCAAAAACGCCUCGUUCGUUUCCGACCUUUGCUUUGCUCAAACGCGAAACGAUCGUCCGGAGCAAGAGUCGUCGUCCCGGCCGAUUGGCUCGCGAACGAUGAUGCGCGCACGGUCGUAGAUCAUCGUAAACGCUCAGUGACCUCGUUCGAACGUCUCUUUCCCCUUCUUCUUCUUCCUAUUCGAAGACAGCGACAGAAGAGCUUAGAAGCUAGCUGCAUGUUGGAGGAAAAGCACGAUUUUUAGCUUGUUGUGGAAUUGAAGCAACACUGAGGUUUUAGAUAACAAUGAAGGGCUUGUGUUGAGCUUUCUUUCUUUCUAGGCUGUUGUAGAUAAUCUAGACAAUACGUGCUCGUGCGUGAGUACACAGGCAUUGUAUCCUAUUGGUGCUAUCGAAAGUGACGAAAGAGUAUUUUGCUUGCUUCCGUUCGACUAACAAGUCUUGAUCGAUUUCUUACAAUCGAGUGAAAGUACAGGAAGUUUAUGAAUUUUUCCCGAGCAACUAGAUACAAGUUUUCGAACGGACAAUAUUAUUGCCAGUAUUAAAGUGUAAUUAUUAUUCGAGUUUAUUGUCGGUAUCGGCAAUUAUUCGCGCUAAAAUCAGAGAUCGGCAUCAAAUCGUUUGUUGCAAAGUUUCAAAGUUUUCGAAUCUUAACUCUUAGCCACAGACUUCGCGCGAGAUUUGUUCGAAUUGAUAUAGAAAAGAAGAUAAUAUGUGAUACGUUUUAUAAUCAGCCAUAUCGCGCAAAUGCCUGAGUACCAUGGAAGGAAUGCGUCUUGACAAUUAAUCGUUUUAUAUCCUAUAUAACGUUAGAAGGUAAAAAGUAGAGGUACGGCUUGUUAGAGUAGACUUUAGGAGCGUUAUAUAUCUGCGGCUAAAUGUUAAGACUGUUAACGGUGCUGUGCGAAUCAUUGGUAAUCUAUAUUACGACUAUGGAACUGUGUUAAGAACAUGAAAUAUUCGACAAGAGAGCGGGCAAGGGAGUUCUCUCUGGGAUUGUCAUCGUAACGUUAAGCGCGAUCCUUACAUUAACGUGAUUACACGAUUUCGAAAUACGACACAUCUAUUUGUAUAUUUUUUAAAUAUUUUUUAUAUUUUUUAAUAUUUAAUAUUUUUUAAAUUUUCUAUCGCGAUACGAAGCGCGACGUAAGACGUGCUAAUGGUCGAGAAAAGAGAAAGUAUUUUCGCGCACUUCUCAAGACACGAGACAGAAUUCGUACAGGCGAUUAUAGUUUAAUCCUGGUUUUGUUGAGAUGCUCUUGCCGCCAUUUAUGACCGAAAACGAAACUUCGCGAGAUCAAAGGAAAUCCUCGUUAGCGUGAGUGUAAACGUAAAAUCAUUUUUUCGAAAAAGAAAAAAGAGCAAAAAGGGAAAACACGAGAAAGAAAAUCGAAACCUCGAAGAGCCGUACGAAGAGUAAGCUGAACGAAUUAUUCCCGAGUGACCGAGAUUAAACUCGAAUUCUCCGAAGCGAGAACGCGCGGAAAAUUUACGAGAACGAUGGAGCAAGCGAAAUUUCAUUCGUGACCAAAUGAGAUGGCGGAAGAAAAGAGGAGGGAGAGGGAAAAUUGAUUCUCCACGAGGGCGAACGAGCGCUGAAAGUGACAAUAAUUAACGCAGCCUUAUCCGAUGAAAGUAUCUACAGUACUAUUAUACUGCGCGUUCCUUGAGACCGAUUCGCGAGAGGGUCACUUGUAAAUCGAUGGAUGAACAAGAGGGAUCUCCACCCACGGUAUAAUCGGCUCGGUAUACCUCCGCUUCCGGGAUCCUUUGAUCUUUCGAGCGCGCCGGAAUCGAUAUCGAUGACGAGCCACGGAAUCGCGCGAUGGAAUUCCCGCAGGAGUCGCAAGGAAUCGCGGGGCAUCGAAAUUAAGAAGAAGAAUCAAUCAUCCGUACUUGAUACUUUUAAAUCAUUUUGUUCGAAAACCGAAAAAAUGAAGCAAUUAUAGUAACAUACAAAUUAAAACUUUAAUAACAUAUAGCAAUCAAAUAUACGAUGGAGAUAUUAAAAAAUGAAGAUAUUAGGAGAUAAUUAGAUAAAACACGAAUUUAAUUGAUAAAGCAAAUAAUUUGAGUUGAUAAGAAAAGUGUAGUAGUCAGGGUUUUUAUAAAAAAUUUUCUUUUACAUAUUUAAGAAUCCUGCGAGUAUUCUGUCGCUGUAUAGCUUGUUGGGCUGCAUCUUUAAUCUGGCUGUUUCCUUAAUCGGACGAUCGCGGGUUUAACGCGAUCUAAGAAGAAAUCACAAGGAUCGCGCAGACGCUUUAGUGUGAUUCUAUAUAAAUUUAGCGUACAUAUAUUAUAUAUAAUAUAACGCGAAGAGACUUAGAUCGUAAUGACUAUUGACCGUUCAACGUGUUUGUUCAUUUGUCCGUUAUUGUUAGCGCCUUAGAGCGAUGAGAAUUUACGCAUAUGAAUAUUAUUAUAUACAUAUAUUUGCGUCGCGAUGCGUUCGGUACCGACGAUAGGGUAGACGAUGCACUUCGGUAGAGGCUGCUUUGUUCAGUCUGCGACCGAGACGAGACCGAGAGCGUGGCCAGACGCGAUCGCCUCGGUGUCGGGCGCAUCGACGCACGGCUUCCAGGAUUUAGGAAGCGCCGGACGACAGUAAAAGGCGCCUUAGAAAACUUAAUUAAAGCGGACCAGUCUCGCCGUCGAUUUCGCGGGCGAUCCGUACCGCGGUGUCGAUCGCAUAAUUCGAGGAGGUACAUCGAACCUCGUGGACGAACCUUGUUCGCGGAUGGAGAAGCGAAGGAUGGAUCGUCAGGGGCGCGUUUAGGGAACGUCGCAAACCUUUUCGGACUUCCAAUUCGUUUGGAGAACGCACCGUGGUGUGUCCUCGGACUUCACGAAUGACGAUAAAUUUACGACCGUCAGAAGUUCAGUCGAGUUUCGUAGAGAAAUUUUUUAGAUUAGCGAGAACAACGACGUCCGGACACCGCCCCUGGACGAGGAAAACCGCGCAAGGACUCCGCGGGUCCGCAUCUCGAGCAUCAACGAAUGGAACGUUAAGAUCUAUAAAGUUUAUUAGGGAUCUAUCCAUUUAAUUCCCAUCAGCAACUUUCUACCGUGCACUCCUCCCCCACCCCUUGUCGGCUAAACGUCAACGAUCGCUCGGGGAACCGGUGUUGUUUAAUAGAGUCAAUUCACCUGUGGCAAUUAUUAGUAGUAAUUAGAAAAGCGUAGGGGAGAGAGGACGCGUCCCUUUCCCCAUCCCUCCCCUCCCCAUUUCCCAUUUCUCGGGACGCGUCCAAACGUCGAUCAAUUCGAGGGUGUCCUUAAUAGCGUGUAAUCGAAGUCAAUAACAUACCUUUUAGAUGUCUCUCGUGUAAUUGUAGUUCCAUGAAUCGCCCGUCCUUCAUGAUGUUCCCAUUACCUUCAGCGGUUCCCAGAGGAUCGCAUCGGGGAGGCCGACGAUGUAUAUCCUAUCAUAUACGCGCUCGCGAACAUACACAUACACAUUAUACACACAAUCUAAAACACUUGUACAAAACGCUGCAGGCAACAUUAACAAUAUGCAAAAUACGAAGGUAUAACAGAGCGUCCUAUGUAGCGGAGAUCAAACUUAAUCAUGUUGUUGAUCUACCGGGGAUAUAAUAUGUAGAUUUUAUAUCACGAUAUUGUGUACUUAGAUUAUAUAUUAUCGAUUAUGUAUAUACAGAUAUAUAUAUAUAUAUAU